ACCUUACGUUAAUUGUGGGGUUUACCAUAUUUUCUUUGUUUUUUGUUUGUUGUCAAAGACAAAGUGAGAAAGGUAUUAAUAAAGAGAUUGCGUAUUCAAUUGGACCCUUUACUGGUCUUCCAUAUUUCUAAACUGUGAAAUUUCCCCAAAAAAAAAAUUUCCUUUUGGGAAAGAAAUAUUCUCCCUAUCCAUGUUGGUAUUCUCAACGAGAAUCGAAGCUUGAGUCGCAGAGAUUCUCAGUUGUUUGAGAAGAGAGGCAUUAAAUCUUUUUGGCAAAAAUUGCAUAUAUGGUUGUAUGUGCGGAAAAUAACACAGCCAUGGAAGGUGGUGUGGCAGAGAGUUUCAAAGACUCGGCUUCCACGCCUCUGUCCUCCAUAGCCGAAGCCUUUGAGGAGCUUUCUAGGUUCCUCAACAACUGGAAGGUUGAUGGCUCCAAUGAAGAUAUGCCUCUCGGUAAGUUCUGUGAAGCUUGCUCUCGCAUUUCCAUCCUCUUCAGUUGCCUUGGUAUCGCUUUCAAAUUCGCUGAGUUGGAGUACGUUUCCAAGGUAAAUGAUCUUAUGGAAGCAUCAAAGACAUACAACACCCUAAAAAACGUAAUUGAUUAUGAUGCAGCAAAUGACACUGUAAAAACUCCAGGAAGCCACUCACGUAACUUGCGACGAGUUAGGCAGGGUCUUGACCUCAUCAGAGCUUUGUUUGAACAAUUCUUGUCGGCUAAUGAUUACUCUUUAAGGGAUGCAGCUUCAGCAGCUUAUCAUCAAGUUUGUGCACCAUACCACACAUGGACAGUGAGGACAGCAGUUGCUGCUGGAAUGUAUACUCUUCCAACAAAGGACCAACUCUUGCUGAGGCUCAGGGAAAGCAAUCAGUCAGCUGAGAAGAAAAUGAAAAGGUACAUCGAAGCCUCCCAUACAGUAAUUGAAUACAUCGAUGAGCUUUACCUUUCUAGGAAUAUCCGUUUGGACUGGUGACUUGCACCUGUUAAGGUGGAUGUCAGAAGGUUUUGUAAAGCGAUUUCUGCACAUUAGAGGGAGAAAAAAAAAAAAGUCCUCCAUUCUACAGAUGGUUAUGAAAAAAAAAUCACUUUCUUUUACAGAAGCUAGUUAUUAGCUUUGCGCUGGCUGUUGCAUGUUUUUUGUUUUCAAUUCAAUAUUUACUUUGAAGGAAGAAAAAAAAAAGGGAAAAUAGGUCUGUACAUAAGUUAUCAUGGCCCUAGAGAAAAGAAAAAUAUAUUUACAGAAUGCUUCUAUUUUGAUCUGUUUUGAAAUUGUACUAUGAUGAUUCUUACACAAAGCAUUCUAUUUUUGGAAGCAGUCUAAGAUUACGUAAUUAUAAUUUCAUUCAUUGUUUUUCUUUUU